ACUUACCGAGCCAAUAGUGUUAUGAACAGUGGCGCGAUGCCUGGUCUGCAAAUGCUAGCUGGAGUGGAGAGUUUCGUGACUACUAUCAACUCAAUAGCAGCCCUGUUCGAGUCCAGUUAUAUGGCAUUGUCCACUUCACUAAGAGCAGUGUUGUCUACAGGCGACCAAUUGGCUAAUCUUCGUUCUGAGUUGUGGAAGAUACUCCAAGCGGUUUCUUUGAUCCGAGGUGUCAAGUGGGUCGUACGAAGAGUCCUCGUGUUUCUCCGUCUCAUUAAACCGUCUUCGGGAGCCGAAGAGGCGUGGCAAGAGGGAAAACAGAAGAGUCAUCCUGUCAAUGCAUCUAAGAACUGCUCAGCGAUUCUCUUCUUCGCUUUUGUACUCGGCGGUCCAUGGCUGCUGUACAGAUUACUGAAUGGAUCUAUGCAGUCGGUCCACGAUAAGCUCUGGAUGCGAGAACAGGGACCUCAUUAUGUCGCCAAGGCAAAGUUUGAUUUCGCUCCUUCAAGUUCUGACGAGAUUAGUCUUGAGAAAGGACAGAAAGUCGUGGUUGCAACUUCAAAAGAUUACGUUGGUUGGGAUGUUCCAGCAGACUGGCUUCUAGUCUCAACUGAUGGCGAUGUUUGUGGCCUGGCACCCGCGAGUUAUCUGGAACUAGUAAAAAACAAUUCUCGCUUAGAAUACAAUACAACAACAAACAGUCGAUCAAGAUUAAAUUGUGAUGACAAAUUUGAAAUUAUGUAAAGACAAUAGACUAUCAUUUUAUUUAGAUAGAUAAUUUUGAAUUUUAUGUCAACAUCAAUAUAUUAUUUGCAAAAAUGUGUAUCUGCUAAAAUAUUAAGAAAUAAUUUAGGUGUUGAGUGUGCGAAUACAGUAACAUUAUUUUGCUAAAAUAAGGAAAUAAUAACGAGAAAGCAGAAUUUUCUAUGUAUCUGAUUAUUAAAUCAAUUGUUCAGUGAUAAAAUCUGCAAACUAUAACAGUCAUUAUUGUGUGAGAGAUAUUUCAAACUUGUUCAGAGACUAGACUAGUUAAUGCCGAA